AUGGCGCACCUCGGAUCUGAUGACGACUCUGUUGGUAGUUCUGAACGGACCGUUUCCGAGGCCGCGCUUGUUGCACCGCUGCAGUCGGGGGUGUCUUUCUCUUCGGCGCAUCACUUCGUCUCCAUCAAGUUGACAUCCCGCAAUUUUUUGUUUUGGCGUACUCAGCUUCUUCCGUUCUUGGAUGGCCAAGGGUUGUUGGGUUUUGUCGAUGGUACUUCGGUAUGUCCGCCGAUCACCGCGCUUGCUGUGCCGCCUGCCGAGGGAGCUGUUCCUGCCGUGCCUUCGUUGGCUUCGUCUUCCGCUGCUCGGAGUGCAUGGCUCCGUCAAGAUAAGGUCGUGCUCUCCUUAUUAAUCUCAUCCUUGUCCGACGAGAUGAUGCACCUCGCAAUCGGUAAGUCCACUUCUCGACAUUUGUGGUUGGCAAUCGAACAGGUUCUUGGUUCGACUACACGGGCUCGUGCCCUCCGGUUGGUGGGCGAGUUGCAAGGAUUACGGCAAGGGGAUGCUUCGAUCCCGGACUAUCUUGGCCGCGCGCAGGUGCUUAUCGAGGAUUUAGCGCUUGCCGGCCGUCCGGUGACGCUAGAGGAUCAGAAUAUGUAUAUAUUCCGAGGCUUGCGGUCCGAAUAUCAUCCUUUGGUGGCGUCGCUCACAAGGGGUGCUCCGGUGUCUCUGCCCGAGCUAUCCGAUUUUCUUGUUUCGCAGGCUUUUAUAUGUGCCGAUGAUGCUGGUGAUGUUGCUGCUGCUCCGGUCGCCAUGGCGGCUCAGCGAGGUAGAGGCCGUUCGGGCGGGCAACAGCGUGGAGGCGGCAACCGCGGCCGUGGUCGCGGCAAAGGGCGUGGCCGUGGUCGUGGCGGUGCCAGGGCUGUCCAGUGCCAGAUCUGCUCCGGUGAGGGCCAUUCGGCCGCUUCGUGCUUUCGCCGGUACGAUGGAGCUCCGGGGCCGAGAGCGCAUGUUGCGUAUCCUGUGGAUGAUGCGGCUUCGGUUAGCACUCAAUAA